AUGUCCCCUGAGUGCGCGCAGGCGCCGGGCGCCGGGUCCCCGCGCAGCCUGGAGCGGGCCAACCGCACCCGCUUCCCCUUCUUCUCCGACGUCAAGGGCGACCACCGGCUGGUGCUGACCGCCGUGGAGACGGUCGUGCUGGCGCUCAUCUUCGCGGUGUCGCUGUUGGGCAACGUGUGCGCCUUGGUGCUGGUGGCGCGCCGACGGCGCCGCGGCACCACCGCCUGCCUGGUGCUCAACCUCUUCUGCGCGGACCUGCUCUUCACCAGCGCCAUCCCGCCCGUGCUGGCCGUGCGGUGGACCGAGGCCUGGCUGCUGGGCCCGGUCGCCUGCCACCUGCUCUUCUACGUGAUGAGCCUGAGCGGCAGCGUCACCAUCCUCACGCUGGCGGCCGUCAGCCUGGAGCGCGUGGUGUGCAUCGUCCGCCUGCAGCGGGGCGCGCGGGGCCUGGGGCGGCGGGCGAGGGCCGCGCUGCUGGCGCUCGUCUGGGGCUACUCGGCGCUCGCCGCGCUGCCGCUCUGCGUCUUCUUCCACGUCGUCCCCCAGCGGCUGCCCGGUCGCGACCAGGAAAUUCUGAUUUGCACACUGGCUUGGCCCAGUGUUGCCGGAGAAAUCUCCUGGGACGUGUCGUUUGUUACUUUGAACUUCUUGGUACCAGGAUUGCUCAUUGUGAUCAGCUACUCCAAAAUUUUACAGAUCACAAAGGCGUCAAGGAAAAGGCUCACGGUGAACCUAGCUUACUCAGAGAGCCACCAUAUCCGCGUGUCCCAGCAGGACUUCCGGCUCUUCCGCACGCUCUUCCUGCUCAUGAUCUCCUUCUUCAUUAUGUGGAGCCCCAUCAUCAUCACCAUCCUCCUCAUCUUGAUCCAGAACUUCAAGCAAGACUUGGUCAUCUGGCCAUCCCUCUUCUUCUGGGUGGUGGCAUUCACGUUUGCCAACUCGGCCCUGAACCCCAUUCUCUAUAACAUGUCACUGUUUAGGAACGAAUGGAGGAAAAUUUUUCACUGCUUCUUCUACCCAGAAAAGGGAGCCAUGUUUACAGAUACAUCUGUCAGAAGAAAUGAUCUGUCAAUUAUUUACAGCUAAUUAAAUUUUCUCUAUAGGCAGUUUA